AGAUGCUGCGGCGGAAACCGACGUGGCUUGAACUGAAGCUGGACGACAUUGAGGAGUUUGAUGGCGCCCGCAAGGAACUCGAUAGUUGUAGGAAGCACGAGGAGGUGGACGUGGUGGGAGCCAGUGAUGGUGAGGGUGCGCUGGGACUCAGCACUGAUCACAAGAGCCAGGAGCAGAUGAUACAUGACCAGAUUGGCUACAAACCCCUGCCCAAACCAAACAACUGUUCAUCUCAGUUUGGAAUGUUCUAGAGCCCAAAGGGUGGACAGUGGCAGUGUCUGGUACCUGUGAGCUUUGGAAGAAAGCAAGAAUUUGUUUCAAGAGCCCAACAAACUCUGUUUAGAAAUAGCAGAAAAGACUGAGUUUCUAUCCUCUAGGUUUUAAAUGGAAUUCCUCCUCCAAGCAGAGCAAGUCUUGCUUUUCCUACAAAGAUGG